AAUCUAUUAGUAAAUUAUGUACUGUAUUUUUCAUUUUACGCCCACUCCCACGCCCAUGUCCUUUAAACUUCACCACGGUUUUUCAUUUAUCUCUAUAUCAACACUGUUGGAUCCAUUCCAUAGUGAUCUUGAAGCUUUUUCCUUUUCUUGUUUAGUAAUCUCGAUUUUAGUUUCAAGUAUAUAAACAUACACAGAAACAGUAGGAAGUAAUAUGAGGAUAGUGCAUCUAUUUGGCAUUGCUUCAAUGCCGGUUUUGAAAGUACUGAUAAUCACAGCACUUGGUUCUGUUUUAGCUUUGGAUGGUGUGAAUGUGUUGGGUGAGGAUGCAAGGAAGUAUAUCAAUCAACUUGUUUUUUAUGUACUUAAUCCUGCUCUAGUAGGCGGCAACUUGGCUAGAACAAUCACUUUUGAAAGCAUUAAACUGCUGUGGUUUAUGCCGGUUAAUAUCCUUAUUACCUUCAUCGUUGGUUCGGCACUUGGUUGGAUUCUUAUUAAAAUCACAGGGGCUCCUAAGCAUUUAAAAGGCCUUGUAUUGGGUUGUUGUGCAGCAGGAAACAUGGGGAAUUUGCCUUUGAUUAUUGUCCCGGCGCUCUGCAAAGAGACAGGCAGCCCUUUUGGGGCACCUCAAGUUUGCCAGGCUUAUGGAUUAGCUUAUGCUUCACUCUCUAUGGCGAUAGGCGCGGUUUACAUGUGGUCCUAUGUUUAUAACAUGAUGAGAAUCUCAGCAAAUGAGAUCAAUGGUGAUGUUAUAAUCAAAAACACUCAAGCAACACCAAAAGGAGAUCCUCUUCCUUCCAAAGAACACCCCAAUUCUGCUGAAAUUACUAUUGCUUUACUGCAUCCCGCGACAGAGUCUGAGAAAAUUGUUAAGAGUUUGUCAUGGACACAGUUGGCGGAUAAGAUCAAAAAAUGCAUAGGGAUGAUCUCAAAAAAACUUAAUCUCAAGGCAAUAUUUGCACCGUCUACUACAGGAGCGAUUAUGGGGUUUAUCAUCGGAGCAGUCCCUCAAAUUCGAAAUUUGUUUGUUGGUUCUAAUGCUCCUCUCCACAUACUUGAAGACUCGGCCUCUUUUGUUGGGGAUGCAGCUAUCCCAAUUGUGACACUCAUAAUUGGAGGAAACCUUCUUAAAGGUCUAAAAGUGUCAGGAAUUCGGUUAUCGCUGAUAUUUGGAAUACUAGCAGUUCGGUAUGUGUUGCUUCCUCUAGUAGGGAUUGUGACUGUUAAAAAUGCAGUUCGGUUUGGUCUGGUGAGUUCGGCGGAUCCACUAUACCAAUUUAUCCUUCUGCUGCAAUUUGCUGUUCCACCAGCAAUGAACAUUGGUACGAUGACCCAAUUGUUUGGGAUCGGACAGAAUGAAUGUUCUGUGAUACUGCUGUGGACGUAUGGUUUGGCGUCGGUUUCUCUUACGCUAUGGUCGACUUUUUUCUUGUGGAUGGUCACAUAAUCUGACACCAAUUCAACUUGUAUCAUACCUUGAGAAUUACAAGGCAUAAUAUAGCAACAAAUUUUGUAUUUGUGUAAAUUUACAAGCAACAUUAUGAGCUGGAGAAGAGAAACCUCUUGGUUCACAAAGAGAGUUCCUUGCAGAGUCAGAAGAGUGCUUGCAGCUGCAAUUUGUUUUGUUUGGAAGAGCAGAAAAUACAAAGUAUUCAAGAAUAGAUAGGUUUUAAAUUCUGAUACUGUGUUCAAAUGGUUAAAUAUGUAACUAGGAGAUAGUUGUAAUGACGGAAAUUUUAGUGAGGAUGUAACUAGGAGAUAUAUAAUGUAGUUGUAAUACUAAUGUUUUGUAAUGAUGUUUUGAUAUGAAUCGCCUUUCAUUCA